UGCUUGCAUCAGAACGAAAUACUCUAAAAAAAAUAUACGAUAACUUCUCUAAAAAUGUAACAUUCCCGAACAAUUUACAAAAAAGAAAAGAAGUUUUCUAUAAUUAUUAAUCUUUAUUUAUAAGAUUUGUACUUUUUCUGAUUUAUAUUAAGCAGUUGAAAUUUGGUGCUUCUUAUUAAAAUCUACCAGAAUAAUCAUGACUGCUCCCAUUAGCACUGCCAUGGACAGUCUGAGUGCAGCACUUAAAUCCAAUAUAAUCCCUAAUCAAGAGUAUCUGCUGCAGGGAUCAGUGCUGGACAGUUGUGUAGAAGUGCUAUUACACAGAUUGGGUGGUCUUUGUGACAAUGUUGAUAUUGGUCAUGAGCAAUUUGAUGAUCAUGAAAUGUGUUUUAGCAUCCGCAGAGGUACCCCACAAGAACAACCAUUGCUUCUACGGGUUCGACGUGCAUUAGAUCAAAGUCAUGCGGAUAUGCCAUGGCAACUACGAUAUAUUGGUCAACCAGAACUAGGUGAUAAGUCACGACCUACAAUUGUUCGCAGUAGCAUUGAUAUAGCUACCAGUAAUACUGUAGUAGAAUUCUUAACUGAGCUAGGCUGCAAGCUAGAUUUUGAAUAUAUAGCGCGAGGUUAUAUGUUUCGCAAGGGUCGCAUGAAAGUUACUGUUACAAAGAUCUUUAAAAUGAAUCAAGGCAAGAUGGAAGGUGGUGGCAUGGAACCUAUAUCACAAAGUUAUUUGGUAGAACUAAGUGUGCUAGCACCUAGUGGACACGAUGCUAUUGCAGAGGACAUGAGAAUAUUUGCAGAACAAUUAAGACCAUUAGUGCAACUUGAAAAAAUAGAUUACAAAAGACUGGUUCAUUAAAUAUGGGGUCUUAAUUAAAUAAAUAGUAUAAAUGGAAAUGUAUGGAGUACCAUAAUAUAGAAAAAGUAUUGUUGAAUUAUAUCAGAACU